GCGUCCCGGGAACCGCGGGAACCGGGGGAGAGGGACCUGGCGCUGCCCCGGCUCCGCUGUCCCGGAUCCCUCCCUGCGAGGGAAUGAAUGCCGGCUCGGCAGUGCCGGGAACAGCCCGUGGCGAUCCCCCGGGAAAGGCAAUCCCGGCUCCGGUGUGCCAGGAAUUCCAGCAGGACAACAUGGAGCGUUUUUCUCUCUCUGAGCUCAGGCUCCCAACAGAAAACAAAGCUAUCCAGGGAAUUCUCUGUCCCAUGGCGGUGGAGCUCUGCCACCUCCUCCUCGCCCUGGAAAGGGAAGAUGGGAUUUGUCCAGCCUUCCCCAAUUUGGGGGAAAAGGCGAGAGAAUUGGCCAAAGCAAUGGAAGAACUCGCUGCUGUGGCGAGGAGGAUCUGCGCGGAUUGUGGCGCGGGAGGGAGCACGGAGCUGUGUCCCGUGGGUGAAUCCCUGCUCCGGGCCGGGAGGGACGUGGCACUGGCAGCAUUCCAGCUGCAGGAGCAUCCUCACAGCCCUGGGCACCGCCAGCAGCUGGCAGCGGCCGCCAAGAGGAGCCUGGCGGAGACAGCAAAGAUCCUCCAGCUGGAAGAGGCUGCGGGGCUGAGGAGGAUCGCUGGCGCUGCCAGCUGGCUCCUGGAAUGCCUGGGCGAGCUGCGGGAUGCCCAGGACGCUCCGGGGCUGCUGGAUGCGUUCCAGGCCUUCUCCCAGGCCCUGCUCCGGCUGAGCCGCCUCACGGCCGAGCGCCUCCAGCAACUCGGAGACUGUCCCGGAGGGAAGAGCUUGGCCCAGAGCCUGCAGCUGCUCCACCAGUGUGUCCCGCUCAUCCACACAGCCCUGCCACGCUCCAGGGAUCGCCAAGCUGACCUCUCCCAGGAUUCUGUCUUCCAGCUGACCGAGAGCACCGUCAGGGGGCUCCUCUCCCAGCUCAUGGAGCCCCAGGACAGGAGUGGGAUCUUCUCCCAGCAGGUGAGCAGGCUCCAGGCUCUCCUCUCCCAGCCUGACGCCCUGCACCUCUCCGAGGGCGGGUUCAGCUCCCUCUUGGAAGCGGUCAUUCUCCAUGGAAUGCUGCUGGCAGAGUCCUCCCGGCUGGACCUGCGGCUGGAGCUGCUGGAACGGUGCUGGGCGCUGCUGCAGCUGAGGAGGAGCAUCCUCAGCCACACGAGCCGGAGGCAGGGGGAACAGGGACUGCCGCGGGAAUGUCACAGCCUGAGGGAGCAGCUGGAGAACCUGGAGCGGGCAGCGCUCAGAGCCAUGCUGUGCCAAAUCCUGGAUGGAUUCUUCGAGGAGAAGGAGCCCCUGAGGCAGCUGCUUGAAGGUGUCCUUAGCCUUGCCCGUUCAGGACGUUUUCCUGCAGGACCGGGAGGAAUUUUAAGGAAGCUCCAGCCCCUCACUGCCGCCUUCUUCGCCCAGGCCCAGCGGAUGCUCCGAGCGGCCGAUCUGGUCCUGGCCGGGUGUGCCGAGGCCCAAACUGCCAGGGAAAUCCGGGAGGGCGUGGAGCAGCUGCAGAGCCUCCUGGGCAGCCUCCCUUCCCUGCUCACGGAAACGAGCGGGAACACCAUGGAGAGGCUCCAGGCCCUGGGCCGUGCCUGGGCCGGAGCCACCGACGGCCUCCUGCGCUGCUUCGAGGAGACGGUUGGCGUGAGGGAACUCCUGGAGUUCUCCAUCCUGGAGCUGGCCGAGCACAAGGAACGGUGCGAAGCGGCGCUGGAACGCCGCGAUCCUGAGGGAUUCUCCCGGCACGCGGCUCGCCUCACGGGCUGGGCGCGCUGGGUGGUCGGAGCCACCUCCCGGCACGUGGACGGGGCCACGGAUCCCAUCUUCAGGAAUGGCAUGCUGGUGUGGGUGGAGCAAUUGGCCAAAUCCAUCCUGGAGCUGCGAGCAGUCACUGCCCUCAUUCCAGGAAGGUUUUCCUGCCUCCAAAGCCGGGAUGCCUUUUCUCAGGCAGCGAGCUCCCUGAUGGACUCUGCUCUCCGUGUCCAAGCCGGGCUGGAUGGCUCCAACCACCCAGAGAUCCUCAGCCCGCUCCGGGAGCGAGUGCGGAGCACCGAGGUGGAAGAGGGGCUGGAGCUCCGGUCCCACACUGGGAUACAAACCAGGACAGCUGAGGCAGCGUUCCAAGGAGAUCUCCAAAGUCAUCCAUCUUCACCACCAGCUAGCUUCCGCCUGGAUCCGUGGGAAGGGGAAACACACCCUGUCAUCGCAGCUCUCCUGGCAGCAUCCCGAGCCGGUGCCAGGGACGCCGUCCGUGCUGCUUGCUCCGUCCUGCUGGAGCUCUCCGAUGGCUGCGUGGAAGCAGCACAGGAAGCGCUGCCCGUGGCCGAGCCCCCACAGCUCCAGGUGCUGCAGCAGCACCAGGAUAUCACGGCACUGACACCACAGAUCAUCAGCCUGACCACGGAAACGGCCCCCGGGCAGCUCUCUGCUCCAGGCAGGCUUCUCCAAAUGGCACUCAGGCUCUCGGGAAGGAUCCGGGAGACUCGGGAGUGCCUGGCGGCUGUGGCAGGCCCUUGGAAUGCUCUGGCCCAGCAAGUGCUUGGAUUUAUCCUGUCGGGUGACUUUCCAAGAGGGAAGCAGGCUCUGGAUGAGACCCUGCUGGGUUUAGCGGGAGCAGUGCAGGUGGCAGGAGACAUUGCGAGCGCAGCCUGCGGUCAGGAAAACCCCAAUCCCUCCCGUGGCCAGCAGAGCUUUCUGCAGCUCCAAGCCAAGUUUUCCCGUGCUCAGCUGAACACCAAAGCGUUCCUGGAGAAGGCAGCAUCCUUCAGGGAAUCCUGUGGGAUGGAAAAGGCCGUCCUGGAGCUGUGUGGUGUCCGGUGGGCCGUUGGCAUGCGUGUCCUGCUGGAUGCCAUGGAUGGGUUUGUGGGCAGGGAUGUCCUGUUCCUGGCGGAGCUGAGCAGAGCCGUGAGGAACAAAGCCGCCCCACGGAGCCUCCUGCCUGCUGUGGCUGAGAAUUCCCUCAGGCUGCAGGAGGCUGCCCGCCUCUCCUACUUAUCCUGCCCUGGAGACCACGGUGCCAGAAAAAUCCUGGCGCUCCGGGAGGAGAUCCAGGUGCUCAUGGAAGCGCUGCUGGACGUGUCCAACACCCUCCUGCUCUCCCCACUGCCUACUGCCAGCUUGGCCAUCCGCUUCGAGCUGCUGCGGAGGGACGUGGCCCUCAGGGCCAAGGCGCUGUUGCUCCACAUGGAAAAGGUCAACAUGGAACAGCUGCAGCUCAUCCAGGAUGUGGCUGGAGCAGCUCUGUCCAACCUCAGCCAAGAGAAGAGGGAGAGGAGCAAGGAAGGGUUGGAGAAGGCAAAUCAGCUCAUGGCUGAUGUCCAGUGGGUCAGGAACACCCUCCGGGAUGCUCUGGAGGCCAGUGCUCAGCUUGGGUCACAGCCUGACCCGCUGUCCGUGGCUGACCACCUGCUGAUCCUCACAGCUGACCUGGUGGGAAGCGUCCAGCAGCACUUCAGGAGCCAGCAGGACACUGGGGAUCCCCACCAGGACACCGGGGAUCCCCGCCUGGACACUGGGGAUCCCCACCAGGACACUGGGGAUCCCCGCCAGGACACCGGGGAUCCCCACCAGGACACUGGGGAUCCCUGCCUGGACAGUGCAGUGUGGUACUGGUCAGCCAAGGCACACUACCUUGUCACACAGCUCCGGGUUAUCCCUGGAAUGGACAGGGAUGUCCUGCAGCGCCUCACGGAAUGCCUGCAGCGGGAACGCUCCCCAGGAUCGCCCAAGGGCCCAGCUGCACUCUCCCCAGCUCCAGAGCCCACUCCAGAGGCAGCAGGAAUUCAUCCACGUGGGAGCAGAGGAGCGAGUGGAGCCGGGCGGGAAGCGGGUGAGCUGCACCGGGAUGGCCCUUCCAGCAUCCCCGCUGCAAAGCAGGAGACAGGAAACAGUGGCAAGUGGCAGGGUGGCCCCAGCCAGGUGUCCCAGGUGACCCAGGACAUGGCCACGAGGAUGCUCCACAUGGCUCAGUUCCUGCGCAGGAAGGGCCCCAUUGCGAGCAAGGAGCAGUUUGUUGCCUGUGCCAGGCGGAUGGUUUCCGACGGGCAGGUGGUUGUUAGGUUUGGGAACAUCCUCGCCAAGCACUGCCUGGACCAGAGGUGCUCCGUGGAGCUGCUCCGCGCUGCCGAGCACACCCAAUCCAUCAGCAGCCAGCUCGCCAUCGUGGCCAGGGUGAAGGCAGUGACUGGGGAGAGCAGGGCCUCCUCUGAGCUGCUGCUGAGCAACGUGCAGAACCUCAUCCAAGCAGUCCAGCACGUCCUGAGGGCGGCCGAGGCGGCGUGUGUCAAAGGUUUGGGACAGCCCUCAGCAGACCCUGAGGAAGAAGAAGUUGCUGCUUUCUGCCAGCAGUGGAGGAAAAACCUGACACAGCACAGAGCCAAGGAGGCUUUAAAUUCCGACCGGGAUGAAUUAGGGCUCCGGAAAACUCGAGGGGCAAAGGCUGAGCCCACCCUGAUGUCUCUGGUGCAAGAGCAAUCCCCCUGGAGCAGGAAUGUCCCAAAGCACCCCAGUCCUAGGAAAGGACACACAGUUAUGGACAGACACCUGUAACCCAGAGAGGAGCUCCGUGUCCCAGUGGCACUGGAAGCAGAGCAGGAAUACUUUGCAGCGUGAAGGAUUCAUGAUGGAGUUUUUCACCGCGGCAGGAAAACCUCGGAACAGGCUCCGUGGGGAGGCCAGGAGUCUUCUGGUGAGUGUUUUACCCCCAGCUGCUGAGAUGGGGUGGAUGGGGCUUUGGAGAAUCCCGAUCCAGUGGGAGGUGUCGGAGGUGUCCCUGCCCAUGGCAGGGGGUGGAAUGGGAUGAGUUUAAGGUCCCUUCCCAUCCAAACUGAUCCAGGAUUCUGUGAUCCAGAGAUGCUCAGGCUUUCUGCCAUCUCUCCACCUUUCCUGCUUCACCCGGCCAUGGAUGCAGCAGUGGGGAGCGUUCUGUCUCACCUGCUGGCCCUGAGCCUGCAGAUUGCCUCCCAAAAUCCCACUGGGCCCCAGGACUCUCUCCCAUCCACAGUAAACAUUCAGUCCCCGAGAUCACCUACCUCACAGCUCCCAGAGUAUCCCAGACUGCUGCUCCUCUGUCCUGGCUCUCCACAUCCAUCCUUCCCAGCCUCGGGAUCACGAGCUGUCCAAUGGCAGCGCUGCUCCGUGCUGCAAUUCUGCAGGAGAGGUGGAAAGGUGCCACCGUGGAAUUCCCUGUGGAAUACACAACUGGCACAGCAGAUCACAACUGGCUCCAUGGUGGCUGCAGCCCAUUCCAGCCCCCCUUGGUGUCCCACCUGCAUCCCAAACACCUUCCCCCGACCAGGAAUUCCACUACUUGCGUGGCAGCAAGGAAUCUCCUCCGCAUUCCCAGGAAAAGCAGCAGCAGGCGCACCGGAGACUCUGGGAAGACAACUGCAAUGGAUAAAGCAGGAGGGGAGGGAAGGGAGGGAAGGAAUGACACAUGGAGACAACAGGCUGUGAGGACUCACAGGCCUCUGUAUCCAUGCCAUUUCCACACUAUUUUUCCCUGCUGGCUCCGUUUUUUGAGGAAAACCUUGAGCAGCCGCUCCAGAGAGUGGAUGAAGAAAUAACAAACUACUAACAAAGGACUAAUGGAUUACUCCAAAACAACCACCCAGUUCCACAUCCAUUCUCUACUCCUCCAACCCAAAGGAAAUCAUGAAAUUAACGGAAUUCACGCUCUGGGAAAUCAGGAAGGCAAAGUGAAGCCGGGAUUGCCUUCGGAGAUGGCUCCUGUGCCGUGCAGGAAUCACCAGCUUCCCUCGGCUCAUCCAAAACCUCAGAACUUGGGAUAAAGACCCUGCAGGCAGCACAUUUUUAUGGAAAGGCAGCUGGCUAGGAACAACUGCACUUCUUCCUCUGGAGAAAAAGCAGCCCCAAAGGCAGGACAAGAGCUCUGGAGGCCAGCUGUGCUCUGCCAUGCAAAACCUGGGGAAUCCAAGACACGCAGGACGCUCCAGGAUGGAACACGGCAGCUCCCUCCGUGAGACCUCGGGAUCAGGUACAAGGUUACGUUAAAACCCCACAAACCAUCCCAAAAAGCCCGGCUCUAGUCCCCCACCGGCACGCACAUGGAGUCGUCACCAGGAAUUAACUGUACCCUUUUUAAUUGUUUUGUUAAAAAUGUCGUCGAGACACCAUGAAUACAAGUACUGCAGUUACAGCCAUACAAAAAAAGCAAUACAAAUUAAGCAGCUGAAUACAAAAAUACGUUGAAAUACAUGAACACCACAAUGGAACUCGGAGCACUAAAUCCCAAUCGUGUAGGCGUGGAAAAAAAUUAAAUAAAAACCUUUUUUUUCGUUUGUUUGUUUUUUUUUGUUUUUCCUUUUCGUAUUAGACAAUGUAGUUUUCUCCACUUUGAACAGUUACUUUUGCUAGUUAUGUACUUCACAAUUUCUUCUAUGUACAGCAUAGAAUAAAAUACUUUCAAAAGA